AUGUCCUCAAUUCACCAAGUGUUCAACUUUCUCGCGCUCGCGAGCCUCACAGCUGCAGUGCCUCUUAAGGAGGCUGGUUCUAAGCUGGUCAAGCGCGACACGCUCCCUGAUUAUGCUAUCACAUAUGCGCCCCUGUCUUACCUUUAUAGUAUUGAGAAGUGGUUCCCGUCUGAUAUCACAACACAUCUGGCCAACGUUGAGCCCGAGGUGGACUAUGUCGCUACCGGGACCAACGGGUCGGUCACGCUCGAUACGCUCGACACGUAUGCUUCGGAUGUCUAUCUGACUGCCUCUGACGGACCCAUUCUGGACCCAUUGGAUGACACCCCGGCCUGGCUCCUUUCGGAGUACGGCAUCCCCGACAGCGAUGGCCUCAGCGCCGCUCCGGGUCUUAUUAUUGCCGCAGAGAAGAACAGCACCACGACCGAUGUGUUCUACUUCUACUUUUAUUCGUACAACUAUGGUGGAAAGGUUUUGGACAUCAACUUUGACGACCACGUCGGUGACUGGGAGCACGUUAUGAUCCGUUUCGUUGAUGAAAAACCGUACGCCAUCUAUUGUUCCGAGCACAGCGCCGGAUCAGCCUACUACUGGGAUGUGUUGGACUUCUCAGGAGAUCGCCCCAUCACCUACAUCGCGUACGGAGGACACGCCAACUACGUUACCGCGGGCACCCAAGACUACACUAUCGCACUGGGCAUUAUUUCCGACAAAACGGACGCUGGUUACGUAUGGGAUAUGACGCUCAAUUACCGGGGCUUCUUGUACGACGUUGACUCGAGUACAUUCACCGUCGCGUCUGGGGCUGGAACAGGAGCUACUGAGGAGACAGAUGAGACAGCUGAAUGGUUGAACUGGUUAGGCUACUGGGGUGACGAGCAGUAUCCAGAUGGGCUCCUUGACGAUAUUGAGACCGGGCAGUACUGCAUCUCGUCCGAGUGUCGCUACUCAAGUGGGCCAACUGGGCCCGUGGAUAAAAACCUCGAGCGCACGACUAUGUGCGAGGAUGACGAUGACUGUACCAUUUUUGACAGCAUUGAUGAUCUAACUACGCAGUCCUAG